UAAAAGCCCAUCUGUACCCUCUUCAAUCCUUGAAUCAUUUCAUAUCUUCUCUUUCUCACAAGUCACAACACCGGAGCUUCAGACACAAGAAUCACUCUCUACAUCGAUCUUCUCUCUUUCCCCUUUCUCCUCCUCCUCCUGCUUCUAACCUCGAUUUGUCAUGGCGGAACAACAGCUAAGUAAAGCCCUUACUAGGGCGGAGUCGUCUAUUCCAGAUUUUGGUCCUCCUCCAAGGCCUAAAAGGAACAAAUAUUCCUUGGCCUGUGCUCUUUUAGCCUCCAUGACAUCAAUCCUGCUUGGUUAUGACACAGGAGUGAUGAGUGGAGCCACACUUUACAUAAAGCAGGAUCUUCACGUCUCCGAUGUACAAAUAGAAAUUUUGGUGGGAACCAUCAAUAUAUACUCUCUUGUGGGGUCAGCCAUUGCCGGAAAGACGUCCGACUUGGUUGGCCGACGAUACACCAUAGUCAUCGCCGCCGUCGUCUUCUUCGCCGGGGCCUUUUUAAUGGGAUUUGCCACCAACUAUGCUUUCCUAAUGUUUGGCCGUUUUGUGGCCGGAAUAGGAGUCGGCUAUGCUCUCAUGAUCGCACCCGUAUAUACCGCCGAGGUGGCUCCGUCAUCAUCUAGAGGUUUUCUCACUUCUUUUCCCGAAGUGUUUAUCAACUUUGGUGUCUUGCUGGGAUACGUGUCUAACUAUUUUUUUGCCAAGCUUCCCAUUAACUUGGGCUGGCGGUUCAUGAUGGGGGUUGGUGCGCUGCCCUCAGUGCUUCUAGGCCUCGGGGUCUUGGCCAUGCCGGAAUCGCCCCGAUGGCUGGUGAUGCAGGGCAGACUUGCGGAUGCAAGAAAAGUUCUGGACAGAACCUCCGAGUCUCUGCAAGAAUCACACGACAGAUUGGCUGAUAUCAAGGAAGCCGCCGGCAUCCCUGCCGAGUGCAAUGAGGACGUUGUCGAGGUGCCCAGACGCAAGAAGGGCGGUGCGGGCGUGUGGAAAGAGCUGUUCAUCCACCCUACACCCAAAGUUCUGCACAUUUUAAUCGCAGGCAUCGGUGUACAUUUCUUCCAGCAAGCGAGCGGGAUAGAUUCCGUGGUGAUGUACAGUCCUAGGAUUUUUGAAAAAGCGGGCAUCGCGAGCACUAACGGGAAGUUGCUCUGCACCAUAGCUGUCGGUGUAACCAAAACCAUCUUUAUCUUGAUUUCCACAUGUUAUCUGGACAGGGUCGGUCGGCGUGUAUUGCUUAUCGCUAGCUCUGCUGGUUUGGUGGCAUCGCUCUGGGGACUGGCCAUUGGAUUGACGGUCAUUGAUCAUUAUCCAGGACAGAAGCUGACAUGGGCCAUAGGCAUUUGCUUUUUCUGCACGUUGUCAAGCGUGGCGACCUUCUCGUCGGGGAUGGGUCCGAUUGCUUGGGUGUAUAGCUCUGAGAUUUUCCCUUUGAAGUUGAGGGCACAGGGGAACAGCAUAGCCGUGGCCAUCAAUAGGGUCACUAGCGGCAUAAUCUUGAUGACCUUUAUUUCUUUGUACAAUGCCAUUACUAUUGGGGGGUCCUUCUUUUUCUACGGGGCAAUUGCAUUUGCUGGCUUUCUAUUUUUCUGUACGCUGCUUCCUGAGACAAAGGGCAGAAGCCUUGAGGAGACGGAGGAAUUGUUUGGCACCUUUUUCAGGUGGAGGUCGAGAGCGAGAGAGGUGGAGGGCAGGAAAUGGGAAAAUGAGAAGAAUCGUCCUAUUUAGAUUAGUAGGUUGGAGGACAUCUUGUUACCAUACUUAGUUGGAUGUUGAAAUAAUUAUGAUGUGCAUUGCUUGUGUUCUAGUGGUGAUGAAGCCUUGAGGAGGCGGAGGAAUUGUUUGGCACCUUUUUCAGAGGUCAAGAACGGAAGAGGUGGAGAGAAGGAAAAUGAAAAGAAUCCUCCUACUUAGAUUGGGUUGGAGGGCAUCUUACCAUACUUAGUUUGAUGUUGAAAUAAUUAUGGUAUGCAUUUCUUGUGUUUUCUAGGGUUGAGGGAUUAGUACAGUCUAGUAGCAUCUGAAGUGAUUUUGCAUUUCACUUCGGAAAUUUAUAAUUAGGGGAAUAUUUUGGAAUUUCCCUAAUUCAAGUCUAUAUAUAUAUGAAUAUAUGUAUGUGGUUUGAUGUUUGAACAAUACUACAUCUUUGUGCUCCCUUUCCAUUCCCAAAACAGUAAUUAAGGAACCAUCCUCAUUGAAACUCCCUAA